ACGAAGCCAUUGGCGCAGUGGAAACUAACAAACCCGAUCUCCAAAUAACUUUUAUUUGCAUUAACCCACCGAAGCCACAAGCAUUAAGCACGACCCCCCGACUGACAUACAUGUGACAAUCAGAAUUGCGCACUGACUGGACACACAGGCAAGCAGAGUUUUAUUACCGCGCGAAAAACGGGAUACUUUACUGGACAUGUGAGAAAAAAGGGAGUUACAGUCGUCGAAUCUUCUGAUCAAAAUGAAGCUUCCCCGCGUUCUUCAUUGCAUCUUUGUCACUUCGUCCGUGAUUUGGCUGAGCGCUUCGCAGUCAGUAUGUCCCGGCACGGACAACAAGCUGAGCACGCUGUCGGAUCUGGACCAGCAGUAUCGAACGCUGCGCAAGCUGUACGAGAACUGCGAGGUGGUCAUGGGCAACCUGGAGAUCACCAGCAUCGAGCGCCAGCGCAACCUGUCCUUCCUCAAGUCGAUACGUGAGGUGACGGGCUACGUGCUGGUGGCACUUAACCAGUUUGACUACCUGCCCCUGGAGAACCUGCGCAUCAUCCGGGGGACCAAGCUGUACGAGGGCCGCUACGGCCUGGCCAUCUUCCUCAACUACCGGCGAGACGGCAACUACGGACUCAGACAGUUGGGCCUACAGAACCUCACUGAGAUCCUGAAUGGAGGUGUGUAUGUGGAUCAGAACAGGUUCCUCUGUCAUGCCGACAACAUCCACUGGCUAGACAUCAUCAAGAACCCAAAGGCUGAGCUUCUGGUGGUGCCGUCCAAUAACAGCCGAAACUCACAACAAUGUCGAAGAUGCCACAAGUCCUGCACAGGCCGUUGCUGGGGACCCCAGGAGGACCAGUGCCAAACCUUGACUAAGACAGUGUGUGCGGAGCAGUGUGAUGGCCGAUGUUUCGGGCCCCUGGUCAGCCAGUGCUGCCACCGAGAGUGUGCAGGAGGCUGCUCAGGACCCAAGGACACCGACUGCUUCGCCUGCACUAACUUCAAUGAUAGUGGGGCCUGUGUCACCACCUGUCCCCAGCCCUUUGUGUACAACCCCACCUCCUUCCAGCUGGAGCAAAACCCCAACGCCAAAUACACCUACGGGGCUUUCUGCGUCAAGAAGUGUCCACAUAACUUUGUGGUGGACCAGAGUGCCUGUGUGCGCGCCUGCCCGAGCAACAAGAUGGAGGUGGAGAAGAAUGGCAUCAAAAUCUGCAUUCCUUGCACGGACAUCUGUCCCAAAGUGUGCGAUGGUAUAGGAACGGGGAGUCUGCAGACCGCUCAGACAGUGGACUCAAGCAACAUCGAGAAGUUUGUCAACUGCACCAAGAUCAAUGGCAACUUGAUCUUCUUAAUCACGGGAAUUAAAGGGGACAGCUACCACAACAUAGAAGCCCUGGACCCAGAACGCUUAAACGUCUUCCGCACAGUCAAGGAGAUCACAGGGUCCCUGAACAUCCAGUCGUGGCCAGAAAACAUGACCGACCUCAGCGUCUUCUCCAACCUCAACACCAUUGGAGGCAGAUCGCUCUUCAGCGGAAUCUCUCUACUGAUCCUGAAACAGCGCUGGAUCUCGGCUCUGCAGUUCCAGUCCCUGGGCGAGAUCAGCGCCGGUAACGUCUACAUCACCAACAACAGCCAGCUCUGCUUCUACAACACCGUCAACUGGACCAGCCUCUUCCGCACAGGCACCCAGAAGGCCCUCGUGCGCAGCAACCGGGACCCCAAGGAGUGCACCCUGGAGCGUAUGGUGUGUGACCCUCUGUGUUCGGACAGUGGCUGCUGGGGCCCGGGGCCAGACCAGUGUCUCACCUGCCGACACUUCAGCCGCGGACGCACCUGUGUGAGGUCCUGCAACCUCUAUGAUGGUGAGGUGCGUGAGUUUGCCAACAACACCAUUUGUUUGGAGUGCGAUAGCCAGUGUGAGAAGGCCACAGACAAGUCCCUCACCUGCCAUGGACCGGGUCCUGACCAGUGUGUGAAGUGUCUGCACCUGAAGGACGGCCCCAACUGUGUGGAGAAAUGCCCCGACGGCCUGCAGGGCGCCAGCAGCUUCAUCUUCAAGUACGCCGAGGCCAACAACGAGUGCCAUCCGUGCCAUUCCAACUGCACUCAGGGGUGCACUGGACCCCGCAUCCAAGACUGCGUGGGAAUGAUUGACAGGACGCCCCUGAUAGCAGCUGGGGUGAUCGGAGGCCUGUUCGUGAUCGUCAUAGUGGCGCUCGGCGUGGCCGUCUACGUCAGGCGAAAGAGCAUCAAGAAGAAGAGAGCCCUGCGCCGCUUCCUGGAGACCGAGUUGGUGGAGCCCUUGACUCCGAGCGGAACGGCGCCUAACCAGGCCCAGCUGCGCAUCCUCAAGGAGACGGAGCUGAAGAGAGUGAAGAUCCUGGGCUCCGGAGCCUUCGGCACCGUCUAUAAGGGUAUCUGGGUGCCGGAGGGAGAGACGGUGAAGAUCCCAGUGGCCCUCAAGGUGCUCAACGAGACCACGGGACCCAAGGCCAACGUGGAGUUCAUGGACGAGGCCCUGAUCAUGGCCAGCAUGGAGCACCCCCACCUGCUGCGUCUGCUGGGCGUGUGCCUGAGCCCCACCAUCCAGCUGGUGACGCAGCUCAUGCCGCACGGCUGCCUGCUGGACUACGUGCACGAGCACAAGGACAACAUCGGCUCCCAGCUGCUGCUCAACUGGUGUGUGCAGAUCGCCAAGGGUAUGAUGUAUCUUGAGGAGAGACGACUGGUGCACAGGGAUCUUGCCGCCCGAAAUGUUCUGGUGAAAUCGCCCAAUCACAUCAUGAUAACCGACUUUGGCCUUGCCCGGCUGUUGGACGCAGACGAGAAAGAGUACAACGCAGAUGGAGGAAAGAUGCCUAUUAAGUGGAUGGCUUUGGAGUGCAUUCACUACAGGAAGUUUACCCAUCAGAGCGAUGUGUGGAGCUAUGGAGUUACCAUAUGGGAGCUGAUGACGUUUGGUGGGAAGCCGUAUGACGGCAUCCCCACGCGAGAGAUCCCCGACAUCCUGGAGAAGGGGGAGCGUCUGCCACAGCCCCCCAUCUGCACCAUAGACGUCUACAUGGUCAUGGUCAAAUGUUGGAUGAUUGAUGCCGACAGCCGGCCCAAGUUUAAAGAGCUGGCCGCUGAGUUCUGCAGAAUGGCUCGAGACCCCCAGAGGUACCUUGUCAUCCAGGGAGAUGACCGUAUGAAGUUGCCCAGUCCGAACGACAGCAAGUUCUUCCAGAGUCUCCUGGACGAGGAGGACCUGGAGGACCUAAUGGAUGCCGAGGAGUACCUGGUCCCCCACGGCUUCAGCAUGCCCUCGUCAUCCUGCACCUCCAGGCUCCACGUCGACUCCAACAGGAACCAGUUUGUGUACCGGGAGGGAAGCUUCGGGCCAGAGGACAGCUCCGGAAGCCGCCACCAUGGGGUCGGAACCUCCAGCUGCAGUGGCAUGUCGGAGCCCUCCGGGACACAAGGGGGCCCUCUGGACAACCUGGAGGACCAGCGCUGCAACGGUAGCCUGCAGAAGCAGCAGCAGCCCACGGCCCGGGUGGUGGAGGACAGCAACGGCCAGCGUUACAGUGCGGACCCCACCAUCUUCCUGGGGGAGCGAGGUGGCGGAGGGGCCCGCGGAGACACGGAUGAGGAUGGCUACAUGACCCCCAUGAAGGACAAGAGUUCUCAAGAGUAUCUCAACCCGGUGGAGGAGAACCCCUUUGUGGCCCGGCGCAAGAACGGCGACAUCCAGGCGCUGGACAACCCGGGCUACCACCACAGCACCCCCAACGCCAACGGAGGUCAGCAGCAGCAGCAGCAGCAGCAGGCUGGCAAGGGGGAGGACGAGUACAUCAACGAGCCCCUGUACCUCAACACCUUCCACAACGCCGGCGCCGGCGGCGAGGUGAUGAACCUGGAGCUCCUCAAGAAGAACGGCAUGCCCCUCCCGCUGGUGGUCAGCACGUCGGCUGGGGCUGGGGGAGCCGGAGCGGUGGCAGUAGCCACCACAAGCGCGGCAGGUCUCCCACCGCACAUGCCGCACAGCAGCCACCCUGGCAACCCCCCAGCCAUCCAUCACCACCUCCAGAGCCAGACGCCACAUGUCCACUUUGUGCUGCCGCCAGGGCACGGUGGUGGCAGCGGUGGCGGUGGUGGUGGUGGUGGUGGUGCGGGUAGCCAAGCCGUGGCCCUCCACCACCCGGUCGCCAUCACGCAGGCCUCCCUCCACGGCACGUUACCCGGCAAGCCCUCUCACCUGGCCGGGCACGCUGGAGGAGGGGCCGGCCAGCUGUACCACCCGGGCAUCGUCGGCACGGUCCACCACAUGCCAAUGGUCUCGCCGGGUCAGACGAGCGGGCAAGCGGCGCAACAGGCACAAGCUGUUGGUGGCGGCGGCGGCAGCAAGCCGUUGGUCAUGGCACAGAGCAGUCUGCCCGCCCUCAGUGCCCACCUGAUGAGGCAUCCGGCCAGCCUGCUCCAAGCCGGGCACAUGGGUACCAUCAUGCUGGACAAGAAGUCCAAGAAGUCCACCUUCGACAAUCCCGAGUACUGGCAGCACAGCCUGCCGCCCAAGUCCAGCCAGCAGCAUCAGCAGCUGCAUCAGCAGCUACAACAACAACAACAACAACAACAGAACCAACAGCAGCAGCAACAGCAGCCGAGCCCCGCAGACCCCACACAGGCGGGGAACCCCAAGUUCUUCUACAAGCAGAACGGGCGGAUCCGGCCGGCGGUGGCUGAGAACCCAGAGUACCUGUCAGAGUUCACGUUGAAGCCGGGGACAAUGCUACCCCCACCUCCAUACCGACAGCGGAACACUGUGGUGUAAAAGGGAGCUCCCAC